AUGCCGGACCUACCUUCGCAUGCGUCGCCAUACUUUUCGCCGCAACCCGUCCACCCCGACCAUCCUAUAUCCGAAUAUUCUCUCAAUUCAGAAUCUGCAACAUCUCCAUUGCCCUCAAUUACGAGUCCGCGUCCACAGGGAAACGCUGGGGAUCAUGACCUACGCGAAGGAGUCACUCCGGCCUUGCCCGCCUCUAUCGUAUCCCCCGCUUUUACCCCUCCAGCGACACCGGGUGGCACCGUGAAUGCGGCGCAAAUCUUACAACAGCGCAGUCAUCAACCUGAUAUUGAAACCGAACGUGCCAAUGCAAAGACACCCAAACUCCUUCCGCAGUUACCUCAUGUGGAAUGUAUAGUGCGCGCGCGAAUCCCCACCACGACGGGGGCGGAGAUGUUCCUCCAUCUCUAUCAGAAUAACGUCGACAAUAAAGAACAUCUUGCAAUCGUCUUCGGAAAUAAUAUCAGAAGUAAGAGUUUGGAUCGAGUGAUACCCGGAGAGACAGAGAUGGACAGAAUGAUCCGUGGGGCUUAUGUGGGGAGGUUGCGUCCAGGAAGGGUCAGCAGCCGCUAUGAUGAUGGGGCGGACAUGGGGAAGAGAAAGGAGUCGCGAAGUUCUUCUGAAGGAUCUGGUGACGCUGGUGACAAGGCUGUGUCUGAGGCUCUGAGGGAGCCUGGCUCCGCUCGAAGCACGCAGAAGCAGGCGCCAUUGGUGAGAAUCCAUUCCGAGUGUUAUACGGGAGAAACGGCUUGGUCGGCGCGAUGUGAUUGUGGUGAACAGUUGGACGAAGCUGCGCGGUUGAUGUCGACGCCUGAUCACGAUACUGGGUCCUCUGUGGAGCCUCCAGGAGGUGUCAUCGUAUAUCUCCGCCAAGAAGGUCGUGGAAUCGGACUCGGAGAGAAAUUGAAAGCCUAUAAUCUACAGGAUUUGGGUUCUGACACGGUGGAGGCCAAUCUAUUGCUGAGGCACCCUGCGGACGCUAGGAGUUAUGGUCUCGCCACUGCAAUCCUAGUCGAUCUUGGUUUGGGCGUCGAUUCCUCUGAUGCCGGAAUCAGACUGCUCACGAAUAACCCUGACAAGGUGCGGGCAAUUGAAGGCCCGAAUCGGGAGGUAACUGUUAAGGAGAGAGUUCCCAUGAUCCCGUUGGCUUGGAGAACAGGUGGCAAGCAGGGGAUCAGAAGUUCAGAGAUUGAGGGUUAUUUAAGAACGAAAAUCGGAAAAAUGGGACAUAUGAUCGAAUGA